AUGAAGGACAUUAAAGAAAGAGGGAACCAAACAAUUGUCACAGAAUUCAUCUUCCUGGGGUUUUCCAACCAUCCCCAAUUACAGGCAUUGUUCUUCAUGAUAUUUUUACUUGUAUAUCUGGUAACACUUCUGGGUAACCUUCUCAUAUUAACAGCAAUCAGAAUCAAUCCUGCUCUUCACACUCCAAUGUAUUAUUUCCUCAGCAACUUGUCCUUCCUGGACAUCUGCUACACCUCCACCACUGUCCCCAUCAUGCUGGUGAACUUCUUCAGAGAGAAGAAGACCAUUACCUAUGAAGGUUGCCUGUCCCAGCUCUUCUUCCUUGUUACUUUUGCAGGCUCUGAGUGUGUUCUGUUGGCUGCCAUGGCUUAUGAUAGGUUUGUAGCCAUUUGCCAUCCAUUACGUUAUCCAGUUCUCAUGAGCAAGAAGGUCUGUGCCUACUUGGCAGCUGGGUCCUGGUUGUGUGGUUUAGUGAAUUCAAUGACACACACAGGGCUCACGGCAACUGUCAUUUUGUGUGGUUCUAACCAGAUCAGCCAUUUUCUCUGUGACAUCCCUCUAAUCUUGAAACUCUCUUGCUCAGAUAUUUCAGUCAAUGAGUUCACGCUCUAUGUGGCCAGUGCCACCAUUGGUCUGAGCCCCUGCCUGUUCACUGCUGUGUCCUAUAUGCUCAUUAUCUCUGCCAUCCUGAAGAUCCAGUCUGCUCAAGGAAGACACAAAGCCUUCUCCACCUGUGCCUCUCACCUCACUGUGGUGGUCAUCUUCUAUGGAACUGCCAACUUCAACUACGAUCGACCCAGCUCAGGCUACUCUUUGGAUAUGGACAUCUUAGUCUCUGUCCUCUUCUGUAUUGUUACUCCCAUGUUAAAUCCUAUCAUCUACAGCCUGAGAAAUAAGGAAGUCACGAUUGCAUUGAAGAAACUAUGUGAAGUUUAUAUUUUACCUGGGUUGGUACGUGGUCCAAUGGAUAGAGUUCGGGACCAGGAGUCAUCUUCCUGA